AUGGGUUCGCAGUCGAACCUCUCCUUCAUCCUCAACAAACCACACGAUGUCACAUACAGCGAGCGACCGCUGCCCAAGCUGAAGACGCCACAUGAUGUUCUCGUCGCCGUCAACUGGACGGGUAUCUGCGGCUCCGACGUCCACUACUGGGAGCAUGGCGCCAUCGGCCACUUCGUCGUCAAGGACCCCAUGGUCUUGGGCCACGAGUCCGCCGGCACCGUCGUCGAGGUCGGCGAGGGCGUCAAGGACCUGAAGGUCGGAGACCGCGUCGCCCUCGAGCCCGGCUACCCCUGCCGCCGCUGCAUCCCCUGCCUGUCCGGCCACUACAACCUGUGCCCGGACAUGCAGUUCGCCGCCACGCCCCCCUACGACGGCACCCUCGCCGGCUUCUGGGCCGCGCCCUCGGACUUCUGCUACAAGCUGCCCGAGAGCGUGAGCCUGCAGGAGGGCGCGCUGAUCGAGCCCCUCGCCGUCGCCGUCCACAUCGUCCGCCAGGCGGCCAUCACGCCCGGCCAGUCCGUCGUCGUCAUGGGCGCCGGCCCUGUCGGCCUGCUGUGCGCGGCCGUCGCCGGCUCCUUCGGCGCCACCACCGUCGCCUCGGUCGACAUCGUGCCCUCCAAGCUCGAGUUCGCCAAGUCCUUCUGCUCCACGCACACGUACGUCUCCCAGCGCGUCUCCGCCGAGGAGAACGCCGCCAACAUCCUGCGCGAGAUCGGCCUGCCCGCCGGCGCCGACGUCGUCAUCGACGCCAGCGGCGCCGAGCCCUCCAUCCAGACCAGCCUGCACGUCGUGCGCAUGGGCGGCACCUACGUCCAGGGCGGCAUGGGCAAGGCCGACAUCAACUUCCCCAUCAUGGCCCUGUGCCUCAAGGAGGUCACCGCCAAGGGCUCCUUCCGCUACGGCAGCGGCGACUACAAGCUCGCCGUCGAGCUCGUCGCCUCCGGCAAGGUCGACGUCAAGAGGCUGAUCAGCGGCACCGUCGCCUUCGGCCAGGCCGAGGAGGCCUUCAAGAAGGUCAAGGAGGGCCAGGUCAUCAAGGUCCUGAUCGCCGGCCCCAACGAGAAGGUCGAGGGCACCCUGGCUGUGUAA